AGGCAACAGUUUCCAGUCAGGAUGUUGGCACUGAAACGAUAGUAAUGUUGCCGGAUAUCCAGAUGUCUUCAACACCAGUACGUGGCUCAAUAUUCAGGCCAAGCAAGAGGCCUCGCCUGGAGUUAGAGGAGGAAGACGAAGAGGAACAAACAGAAUCUGAGAUACAUGUAGAGCCACAUGACUCAACAUUUCAUCCAGAGUCUGUCACUCAGGAAUCAGAAUUGUCGUAAGUUGUAAAUGGUAUUUGAUACAUUUUGACAGUAGUUAAUGAUGAAUUUUGUUUACUAAUAAUAAAAUUUGACAUGUAAUCAAUUUUCUUAUAAAUGACCCUUCUGUUGUUUUAGAAUAGAUCCUGUGUCCAGCUACAGUGACAAGAAGUACAUUGUUUUUGAAAGCUGCCUUAGAGAGAUUUUUGAGUCAUGUCCGGUUUGUAAGGCGAAAUGUGAUGUCCACCAAAGACAAAUCGGAACUUUUGUUACAUUCACCCAGCUUUGCGAUAAAUGUCAGCAUUACAGACGGUGGCAGAGUCAGCCCAUUGUAGGGAGUACCCCAUUGGGGAACCUGCAAUUGUGUGCUGCUACAUAUUUUCUGGGAGGGUCCUUUUCAAAACUACAAAAGGUAUUUCAUUAUUUAUUGUACUUGAUUUAAUACUACAUUUAGUGUUAUUAUUAUGUACAUUUUCUUAAUGUUUUUUUAUCAAUGUUAUUUUCAAAGAUUUUCAAGGCCAUGCAGCUCCAAACUGUGCAAUAUGGUACUUUCCGGAGACAUGCAAGAAAUUUCAUAGAGCCUACCAUCAUCCACAAGUGGAACAUAGAUCAGCAACAUGUUAUUCAGCAGCUGAAAGAGAGGGGAAAACUUGCAAUAGCAGGAGAUAUGCGUGCUGACUCACCAGGGCACUCUGCCAAAUUUGGAAGUUACACAUUGAUGCAUAUGGAAACCAACUCAAUUGUGGAUCUUCAACUAAUUCAGAGCAACGAGGUAGGUGGUAGUUACCACAUGGAAAAGGAGGGUUUAAAGCGAAGUCUGGAUAAGCUGGAAUCCUGUGGUUUGGUGGUUGACUACAUAGUCACUGAUCGCCAUCCACAGAUUCAAAAGUACCUGAGGGAACGCAACAUCACUCAGUACUAUGAUGUGUGGCACUUCGAGAAAGCUAUGUCAAAGAAACUUCUGAAGCUUUCACAAAGUAAAGACUGUGAGGUGCUGAAGAAAUGGUUGAAAAGCAUCAAAAAUCAUCUCUACUGGAGUGCAACUACCUCUGUUUCUGGACCGGAAAAGGUGGCAAAGUGGACAUCACUUCUUAAUCACAUGCAGAACACCCAUGUUCACGACAACCCCGUUUCCUAAAUGUGAACACCAAGACAAGACUUCAAGGGAUAACAAAAAAUGGUUUGAAAAAGGGUCAGUGUCAAUCCGCAAAGUGGAGAAAGUAACGUGCAACAAGAGAGUUCUCAAGGACUUUGAGAAACUCAGUCACCACUUUCAAACGUCGACACUGGAGGCAUUCCACAGCCUGGUUAUUCGUUUUGCACCCAAAAACGUAGUUUUCUUUUAUAUAGGAAUGUUGUGCAGGUUGUAUCUCGCAGCCAUGCACUACAAUGAGAAUGCCCAGCGUCCACAGACAACAACAAAACAAGGAGAGGCUGUUUUCAAAAUCGCUUUUCCGAAGUCAAAACAAGGGGAAUGCACAGCCAAGCCUGUGAAAACAGACCCAACAUUUAACUAUGUUGAUGACCUGAUGAGUCUUCUACUACACGAAGUCAUUGUGGACCCAACACCAUAUGUAGAAGAACUACAUCAGAUCACCAUUCCACCUCCCCUGUCAUCAGAGUUUGAAAAACCCUGCAAGGAAGAUGUCAUUGCCCGCCAUGUUUCUCGGUUUAGUCAAGGGGUGGCCGGAAUCCAACGUACUGUCCAGCUGGAUCAGGAAACUCCUGGCGUAUCCGGUGAACUACACAAGACGGGAUGACGACCCUCACAUGCCGUCCUAAGUAGCCCCAGCACCAGCUGACAAAACUGCGAUAUGCCACAUAACGGAAACGCCUAUGGCAUUGAACCAAAAAGACAAAGUAAACAAAUGGUUCAUUAACAUCAUGUGUACAUAUGUUUGUAAAAAAUACAUUUUUUUUAAACAUUUUAUUAUUUUUAUUAUUCUUAUAUAACUAAAGUUAUUAUACAUUGUUUAAUUUUAUUAUAUUUAAUAAAAACAUACUCUUCUUCAGU